CGUGCCGUGUAGCACACCCUUAACGCCGGCCUCAAAUUUCUUCGAGUAAGUUCAGGAGUUUCAGCGGCGCGCUAUUUUCGUCAUCGCGUGCAGUCUCCCGGCGCGUGCGCACGUGUCGCGUAGCUUUCCUUGUGUACCGGAUUCUUGAACUAAGAUCACAAUGAAAUCCCUCGGCUCCUGCUACGUCUGUCUGGCCCCGUCCUCCCAAAAAUGCUCCGGCUGCCAAGAAGUCCACUACUGCUCUCGAGAGCAUCAGAAACAGCACUGGAAGCAACAUAAGCACCAAUGUACUCCCGUCAGGGUGAAAGAGGAUGAAAAAGUUGGAAGGUUCCUGGAGGCGACGAGAGAUAUCAAGCCUGGAGAUGUUGUGGUGAAGGAAAAGCCACUAAUCACUGGACCCUCACAAGUCACGCCGCCCGUAUGCCUAGGCUGCUACAAGCAACUGGAAGCUGGGAAGACCGUGGACUGCGAGUUAUGUGGGUGGCCAUUCUGCUCUCAAGACUGCACCAUGCGAGACGAACACACGCCAGAGUGUCAUUACACCGAAAAGAGAGGAGAGAAGGUAUCCAUACCAUCCUCAGCAUUCGGCGUACCACACCCAAACUACCAAUGCAUAACGGUCCUCCGGUGCCUUUACCAACGCGACCACGACGUCAAACUCUGGGAGACGCUGCAGGCAUUAGAGUCCCACAGCGAAGACCGCCGCGGGACUGACAAGUGGCAGAAUGACAGGAAGAUGAUCGCCGAGUUUAUCUGGAAGUUCUUCAAGCUGGAGGGAGUGUUCAGUGAGGAGGAGAUUAUGAAGUGCUGCGGGAUUUUACAGAUAAACGGCCACGAAGUCCCAUUACUGGAGCCGGAGUAUGUGUCCGUCUUCGAUCGUAUCUCCAUGGUGGAGCAUAACUGCCGCGCCAACUGCAAUAAGAGUUUCACUUCUGAUGGACAGAUUGUCCUCUGCGCCGGCCAAGACAUCCCCUCCGGCAGCCACAUCACGGUUUGCUACACCGACCCGCUGUGGGGCACCGAAGCCCGGCGGCACCACCUCGCCGACUCCAAGUUCUUCGAAUGUGCUUGCGCGCGGUGCGCGGACCCCACGGAGCUGGGGACUAACUACAGCGCGAUUAAAUGUAAAAAGAAGGACUGCAAAGGCUACCUUCUCCCGGAGACGUUCCUCGUCCCGAUCCUCCACAAGACCAAGUCUCCAGACCCGUCGACCCGGAACCUCGACCAGAAGAUGUGGAUCUGCCGAGUCUGCAAGGAUGCCGUCUCUGACGCCAUCAUGCAGCAGUUGCUGCAAGACAUUGGGAGGGAGCUGAGUAUCAUGCCGAAGGGUGAUGCUGAUGCUUGUGAAAGAUUCAUAAACCACUGCAGCACCUAUCUAUACCCUCGGCACUACUACCUGACAGACGUCUCUCUUGCUCUAGCUCAGCUGAUUGGUCAAGAAAGCGAGUUAGGUUUAGCUUCAGUGGCUGACGACAGACUGCUGCUGAAGACUCAGCUCUGCCGUGGGAUAGCUGAUCUGCUGGAGACCUUGGCACCGGCGGAGGUCCGUCUGAGAGGCACGCUGCUCUUCGAGCUGCACGCCGCAGUGGCUGAGACAGGGCGGAGGAAGUCCAUCACUGACGGACCUGGUGUCAUGCUCGGAUAUGUAUCGGAAUCACGGCGAAUUCUCCUAGAAUCAGUGCAAUUACUGAAACACGAGCCUCCGGAACUGCCUGAAGGCCGCAUCGCCCAGCAAGCGCGCUCCAACAUCAUUCACAUGGACGAACUCAUCAAAAAUUUGGCCGCUAAUCUACCCGCACCUCUUUAAAGAAAUAUCAUCAACAAACCGAAGACCGACAGACCGAGAGGAAAACCGAAGACAAGAUAGAGGGACGUAGUGCAAAAAGAUAUGGCUGAGUGCAGAGUGUCCGAAGACGACGUCAAGGAUAGGGCGAAGUGGAAGCGGCUGACAAGGAAAGCUGACCCCACCACCAUGUGGGAUUAAUAGCUUGGAAGAGAGAGAGAGAUCAUCAACAAACGCCAGAAAAGACAAGAAAACACGCCAGAUACUCCGAAAAGUCAUAUUAUUUUUAGUACCUAUGUACAAAAUUAUUAUUUUUCACUUAUUUUGUUUCAAUUGCCGUUUUCGGCUUCUGGUUAAAACCUUGGCUACUCCUCCAGUUUUUUUUGUGGACUAAAUACUGGACUUUAAUUUUGUAUUUAGUUAUUAGUUAUCGAUAUAACGAUAUUAACGAUA